AGCCAACUCAGAAAAUAAAGAGCUGUUUAAAAUUUUUUGAUAAUCAUUUCUUCCACGCUUCUGGCAUAAAUACUCCCUCUUCUCUUCUCCUCUCUCGCUCUCGAUCUUUUCCUUCUAUCAUGGCGACCAGUUUCGUUCCAAUAUCAAUCUCAGGUGGAUCUCAAUUGAAGGCAAAUGAGCUUUGGUCCUCAAAGUCCAGUUCAUUUGCAAAAACACCUAAACUGACGAUUCUAAGGAAGUCAGACAAGGUGGGAAACCGCAAGUUGUCAGUUCGUGCUGAAUACAAAGAUGGUAGUAAGGGUGGUGGCAGCGAUUUUGUUGCUGGUUUUCUUAUAGGGGGUGCCAUAUUUGGAACUUUAGCUUAUAUUUUUGCUCCUCAGAUAAGAAGAUCCCUGCUAAAUGAAGAUGAAUAUGGGUUUCGGCGUGCCAGGCGACCAAUAUAUUACGAUGAAGGUUUAGAGAAGACCAGGCAGACCUUGAAUGCAAAAAUCAGCCAACUAAAUUCUGCUAUUGACAAUGUAUCUUCACGUUUGAGAGGUGGCAGUAAGUUACCUACUGUGCCGAUCGAAACUGAUCCUGAGGUAGAAGCUACCAUGUGAGAUGUGUUUAUGUUUAUAUUAGUCUCUGAGACCACAUUACUGUUUGAAGAACAGAUGUAUUUGUACUGCCACUUUGCUGGGUUUAGCUUUUUUAUUGUUUACGUCAUAAUACAAGUGUUAUAGUUAGCAUUAUUGCAGCAUACAACACUGGCCUUUUAAGGAUUUAUAAUGGAAUUAGUAGCAUCGAAUUC